AUGGCAACAGCACAACCAGGUCAAAGCAAAUAUGUAACUCUCGUAUCUUGCGAUGGAUUUGAGUAUGUCGUUUUGAGAGAAGCUGCCUGUACCAGUGUUGCCAUUAAGAAGAUGUUGGAUCCAUCCAGUGGUUGGGAAGAGUCCCAGACAGGAGUCUGCCGUUUCUCAGAGAUCAGUGGUGUCGUCCUUGAGAGGGUCGCCGAAUACUUUUACUACAACUACAAGUAUCGCAACUCAGAGAAUGUGCCAGACAUGGAAAUUCCUGCAGAGCUGUGCCUUGAGUUAUUGAUGGCAGCCGAUUACCUGGACACAUAA